GCUACCUAAAACAAAUAUCCUGCUGAUCUCCCCAGCUCAGCUCGCACAAAAAAUUGCUUCUCGGCUGCUGGCAAAGAUCUCCAAAAAUGGAGCUUCGAAACCGCAAAUUUCCUGUGAUUCUUAUUUUUUCUUUAAGCCUAUUAUGCUUACAACAAAGUAGCAGUACUAUUGCAGGCGCUCCUUCAUAUGAGACUGAUCGUUUGGCUUUGCUCAAAUUCAAGGAAUCACUAAGCAACGACCCACACGACAUCUUGAGGUCCUGGAAUAAUAAUAAUGCUUCUGUCAACAACUUGUGCAACUGGCAUGGAGUUACAUGCGGCCGCAAGCACCAGAGGGUCAUUGCCUUGGACCUUCAAGGCUAUGCCUUGCGCGGCUCCAUAUCAUCCUUCAUUGGCAACCUCAGCUUUCUUAGGCUCGUCAACCUCCAAGACAACUUCUUAUCCGGUGAAAUUCCACAAGAAGUUACUCGCUUGUUCCGACUGCAACAGCUCAUUCUUGCUAACAACUCCUUGGUGGGGGAAAUUCCUAGCAACUUGACCCACUGUUCUGAACUCAGAUUCAUUAGUUUCCUAAGGAAUAAACUUACUGGGAAUAUUCCUGUUGGGCUGGGCUCUUUUGAGAAGCUGGAAUAUCUUUACCUUGCAGUGAAUAAUCUGACCGGAGGCAUCCCAGCUUCUUUGGGAAAUGUUUCUUCACUCCAAGUACUAUCCUUGGGGAUUAAUAAUUUCGUGGGAAAUAUUCCAGAUGAAAUUGGUCGUCUGAACAACUUAUAUUUCUUUGAAGUUAUAGACAAUGAUCUGUCUGGUACGGUGCCCUACUCCCUUUUCAAUUUAUCGACUUUGACCACCUUCUCGAUUGGAAUUAACCAACUACAUGGCACCCUUCCAGCCAACAUAGGCAUCACUCUCCCUAAUCUCCAAUUUUUGUCCGUCUCUAAAAACAAGCUCUCUGGUCCUAUCCCUGUUUCACUACCCAAUGCUUCUCAGCUUGGUCUUCUUGCUCUCGGCCAAAACAAUUUUGUGGGACAAGUUCCAAAUGAUCUGGGAAGCCUAUUGGAUCUAUAUUGGCUAAGCAUUGCUGAGAAUAAUCUUGGAAGUAAUUCAGCCAAGGACUUGAAUUUCUUAGCUUCUUUGGGAAACUGCACCAAAUUGAAGACGCUUUAUUUUCAAAAAAAUAACUUUGGAGGUAAUUUGCCAAACUCCAUAGGAAAUUUGUCGCAACUCCUGCAGAUACUAAUUCUUGAUGGCAAUCAAAUAUCAGGAAUUGUUCCUGCACCCUUAGAGAAUCUCAUCAACUUAACUGUCCUAUCCUUGGCUCACAACCUCUUUACUGGCAUCAUUCCAACUUAUUUUGGGAAGUUUCAAAAUCUGGAAGCAUUGGAUUUGGAUGGGAACAGAUUCUCGGGAAAGAUAGACUCCUCGCUAGGUAACCUCACUCAAUUGGUCAAACUUUUCAUGUCACAGAACAAAUUGGAAGGAAGCAUUCCAUCAAGUUUUGGAAAAGCCAAGAGUUUGCAGGAGUUGGACAUUUCUCAAAAUAACCUUACUGGAGCCAUAUCCAAAGGCACUCUUUCAUCCCAGUUGCGGGUACUCAAUUUAUCAUGUAACUCAUUGUCCGGCACCCUACGGCCGGAGGAAGUAGGGGGUUUAAGGAGUAUUUAUCUGCUGGAUGUCUCCAACAACAAUUUUUCCGGUGAGAUUCCUAUAACCAUUGGGAUUGCUUAAGCCUGGAAUCCCUUUACCUUCACCAUAACUCAUUUCAAGGUAAUUUACCUGUGUCUUUGACUGCCUUAGUAGAGCUCGAGUAUUUAGAUCUUUCUGCAAACAACUUGUCCGGACUAAUUCCUAAAGAUCUACAGAAAAUUUCUUUGCUGCGAUAUUUGAAUCUUUCUUUUA